AUGCCCAUCCCAAGCACCAAACUUAAGAUAAGGAACUUAAAAAAAUCAUGCAGGAAUGACAAAAGAGAGUAUGUUAACCAACUUGCAACAGAAGCAGAAAGAGCUGCCUACAUGGGAAACUCUCUCUACGACAUCACCAAAACAUUCAGUAGAGGUAAAACAUGCAAGUCUAAACAAAGACAAAGAUGGCCAGAACCAGACCAACCGGUAACCUUACAACCAGGGGAAGACCUUAACAUAAAGGUUGACAAUAUAAAGAUACAGGAAAUCAAGAAAGCCUUAAAAUCAUUGAAGAAUGGGAAAGCGGCUAGAGUAAAUGCUGAGAGUAAACCAACAGAAUGGAAAAAAGGGCUACUUGUUAAACUGCCAAAAAAGGAAGACCUAAGCUGCUGUGAAAACUGGAGAGGCUUUACCCUGCUGCCAGUAGCCAGCAAAAUCCUCUGUAGAGUAAUACUGAACAUGAUGAAAGAUGCGGUGGAUAAAGACUUACGGGAUAAAAAUGCAGACUUUAAAUCCAACAGAAGCUGUACGGACCAAAUUGCAGCUCGAAGAAUUAUCGUUGAGCAAUCUGUUGAAUGGCAAUCAUCUCUGUAUAUAAAUUUUAUCGACUUUGAAAAGGCAAUUUACAGUGUAAACAGAGAUGUAAUGUGGCAACUGCUGAGACACUAUGGACUACCAUCUAAGAAAGUGAAUAUUAUUAAGACCCUAUAUGAAGAAUUCUCAGUGCAAGUGAUACAUGAUGAAACAUCCCUCACUGACUCAUUUGAAGUCGAAACUGGAGUGAAACAAAGCUGCUUACUCUUAUCCACUCUGUUCCUAAUAGUGAUAGACUGGAUCACAAAGCAGGCAUUCGAAAGACCAAGGGGAAUACAAGGGACAAUGUUCAGAAGAUUGGGAGACCUGGAUUUUGGCGAUGACAUUGCCCUACUGUCCCGCCAAAUAAAAGAUAUCAGAGAAAAGACCAACAAGCUAAAUGAAACUGGAAAGAAGAUAGGGCUAAAAAUUAACAGCAAGAAAAUAAAAGUAAUGAAAGUCAAGACUAGAAAAGGUGGACCAAUCACAAUUGAGGGGGAAGAACUGGAAGAGGUGGAACAAUUUACUUACUUAGAGUCCAUCAUCAGUAAUACACGUGGCUCAAAAGAAGACAUGAAAGCCAGAAAAAGCAAAACCCGACAAGCAUUCGCAAUGCUCAAACCUUUCUGGAGUUCCACCAAGAACCAACAUCCCUCCAGAUUCAGAAACGAGCAUGGCAGUGGAUUGGUCAAACAUGGAGAAAGCCCCAAAACAGCAUCACUAGAUAGGCACUGGAUUGGAAUCCACAAGGUUAGAGAAAACAAAGGCGCCCAUUACAUAGAUGGAGGAGAACAAGACUGA